AUGCCGCAUCCCCACCUCGGGGCGGUAAAGGAUGGUAGGCUUCUGGAGGAAGCCUUUGAACCAAAGAAAUACAUGGUACGCCUGGAGAAGGGGAAAUUCAUACCCGCUCUGGAUAAAGACCCUGAUGGCCGAAUGAAGUGGCGUGCCAUGUCUCCCUAUAACUAUCGCUUGGUAUUUGACAAGUCUCCGUACCCGGCAGGCGAGCAUUGGAAGGAUCCAGAAAUAUGUGAUGAUGCUAAGAGCGCUCAUGAAUGGAAGGAGUUCCAUGCGGGAAGUACUAAAUACAAAUAA